AUGGAUUAUGCAAACAAAGGUAAUUUAAGAGGAAAUUUAACAAGAAUAGUCAAAAAUAAUUGGAUACAAAGAUUAUAUAUGUUAUAUGAAAUUAUUUCUGGACUUAAUGAUAUACAUAAACAAAAUCUUAUUCAUUGUGAUCUUCAUGAUGGUAAUAUUUUAAAUCAUAAUGAGAAUACAGAUAAAAUUUAUAUUAGUGAUUUAGGAUUAUGUCAACCUGCAAAAUCAUUUUUAAAAAAGUAUGACAUUUAUGGUGUUAUACCAUUUAUGGCACCUGAAGUUUUAAGAGGCAAAUCUUAUACUCGAGCUAGUGAUAUAUAUAGUUUUUCUAUGAUUAUGUGGGAAUUUACGUCUGGGGUACCACCAUUUAAUAAUAGAGCACAUGAUCUUCAACUUAGUUUAAGUAUUUGUAAAGGUGAACGUCCUGAAAUUAUUGAAAAUACUCCACAAUGUUACGUAGAUUUGAUGAAAAAAUGUUGGAAUGAAGAUCCAUUAAAAAGGCCAUCAACUGAAGUAGUGUUAGAUAUCAUUGAAAAAUGGGUUUUACUUCCUGAGGAAAUGAAAAUUGAAGACAUCGAUAAAGAAUUAAAAUGCAAUAUUAUUGAAUUUAUAAAUGCACCAAUUGGGCAUAAAAAUCUUGCUACUGAAUCUCAUCCGCAAGCAUGUUAUACAAGUCGAUUGCUUGAUUUUACUAGUAAAAACUUGAAUGAAGAAAUUCUUGAAAGUGAAGAUUUGGAUGAUUAUAUAAUUAAAGAUUUGAAGUCAUUAGGUAUGUAAUAUUUGAUAUUAUGCAUUUAACAGAAAUUG